UUAUGGCAGUAGUGAAACAGGCCCUGUGUCUGUUACUGGCGAUAAUAACCCUAGCCUACUCCGCUGCUCCCAUACAGCUGUUAGAGCACAAAGCAGAAACACAGAGACUGCACGAGGAGCACCAAACCAACACAGUAUACGAUCUCCACACUGUUUACUCCGAGGAAGCCAGGGAGAUAGCAAAAGAGACUUUUGGGACUUUCAAAACGGACAAAUGUGGAGCAACUCGCUGUUUUAUCCGAGUCAAAUCGGAUCGGUGCACCAGCGAGUACAGAUGCUAUGCACUCUUCAUCCGCAAGGAACCUUACAGUACCCGGCAUUUGGUGCGAACUUACUUCCAGCGAACCUACACUAUUGUGAAGAAACAUUUUGAUGACGAGAACACUAAAUUUGGGUGCGUUAUCCACGUGAUGAACGACAAAGCGGAAAUCAAUUGUGUUUACAUGAAAAUGAAAAACUCUGCCAUUGCUCGAUCCUAGAUCAUCCUUGACAUAUCAUUGAGAAAUUUAGCGCUGAAUAAUUAUUUAUUUCAUAAUUCUCGUCAAUUUUCUUUUUAAUCCAAUUUUAUUAUCCAAUACCUCUGGAAUUUUACUUAUCAUUGCUGUGACAUUUUUGUGUUUUAACCUCUGUCGUUAUUUUUCGUAAAUGAA